GCUGCAUCUAAAAGGGACGAGUGAUGUGAAGAACCACGAGGGCUCCGAUUACCGCUACAGCCCCACCGAUUAGCCGGUGAUAGGCGCAUAUCCAGGUGCUUUUAUGCGCAGGUGCUGCAGGCUGUGGAAGAACAGAAAGUAUAACGGGGUUUGAUUACAGAGAGGAGGAGGAGGAGGAGGAGGAUGGUGGCAGAGAUGGCGAGCUGCGGAGCGGCUUGUCAGCUGGAGGACGGAGACAGAGAUAUCCCUGCGCCUGAAAACAAAGAUAAUCUGACAGAAAGUGACAACAGUAGUUCAGAGAACACAGGAACAUCCACUGACGACAGUUCAGAGGAGGAAGAGGAGGAUGAGGAUUCUGGCUGUGCUGAGAAGGAUGGAGGAGAGGAAGACAACGAAGAGGCCGAUGCAGAGGAGUUUAAAAAUGAGUCAGUCCCUGGAUCUGUAGCAGAUGUUUCAAAUGGGAAAGAUGAGAACCGCUUCAAAUCAUGCUGUGAAAAAUGCAAAGCCAUCCAGCAGAGCCAUGGCAGUGAACUCGUUACUCCCAGGAGGAUCACUAAGGGACGAUAUCAGGUGCAGCUGGAAGAUGAGGGCACAUACGAGUGUUCGGUCACCGGUCUUGUGUUUGAAGCAUCGGAGCGGGUUCUCGUGCGGUACUCGGUCUUGUCAUGGUCUAAGUUUGGUUCAUUCCUUCGGGACUCUUGGAAAUUCGCUGGACCCAUCUUUAACGUGGACACAGUCAAUAAGGAGCCAUCUGUCCUCAAGUCCAUCCAGUUCCCUCACUCCGUCUGCCUUGCCGAUGCAGAAAAUGAGAUGACCUUCAGCGUCCUGCACAUAAAGGACAACCGUCCGCUCAUCGAGCCGACAGUGGACCACUCAGGAAGCCACGUCAAGUGGAAUGUGACGUCCCUGUCACCUGUGGGUCCCAUUAUCCAGACGAGCCAGUCUGUAGAGCACCACGGUGUGGUCCUGAUCUACAAGCAGCUGGGCAGUGACAACGACAACAACUACAGCUUCCAUGUCUACCUGGCCACCAACAGCGCAUCUGACAUCAGUGAUAUAGCCAAACAGGUACGAGCCUACAAGAAACGUUACAUUCAGAUAGAGAAGCCUCCCACGUGUGCGCUGGAUGAGGGGACGUAUCGUCUUAUGAGUGAGCCGGAGGGAGAUAUCAAACCUCAGGAAUUGAAAUUCACCCUAGCGGUCACUAAGAUGAAAGGCUACUUUGAAGCUUUCUUCGAGCAGCCACCUCCCUUUAAAUUGUCUCUCAUAGAGACUGAAACAGAUGAGACUGUAUGGUCGGCCACCAUCAGAGAAGGUGACUGUGUGAAUAACACAGAAAAGAAGCCAAGGAAAAGGACGCACAGUAGACAGAGGAGCAGCAGUCCCUCAGAAGAAGAAACGUCCUCUAAAAGACCUCGAUGGCAGGACGAGUCAGAUGGAGUGAAAACAGUGAUGACUCAGGGCCAGGACAUGUCAGAGAAGCAGCUACUGCAGGUGGCCAAGCGGCUCGGGAGGGAGUGGAAGCAGGUGGCCAUCUUUCUAGACUUGAACUCCAAGGAGCUGGAUGACAUCCAGGCAGCAGAGAAAGAUGUGACGAUGCAGAAGCUGAAGAUGCUGGUGGUGUGGAAGAGCAGAAGGCGGCCAGGAGAGGCUACGGCGUACCACCUGUGGAAAAGUGUGGAGGAGCUGGAUGACUUGCCAAAUGAGGUCCAUCAGACACUGCAAGACAUGAUGGACAAUCGAGCAGCUAAGUGAAAGAGAUUCGACUUAAAUUGACUGUCGGAUUAUCUGUUGAUCCAUCAUCAAUCUCAGGAAUACAACAAAGCAGAGUCGACCUACGGACCAAACAUUUGCUUUUCUCUCAGUUUCUGUUCCUUUUUUUAUAUAUUUUCUGGACAUGAAACCAAUUGAUGGGUGUUUGUAUAUCGCCGCAUUUCAUGAAAAGAGCCACCGUCUUAACUUUGGAUGGGCAUUGUCCCUAAAUUUGUUCAUAUUUAGUCAUUUCAUUCUGUAGUUGAUACAGCAUAGACGAGCUGUACCUAAAGCUUUGUGUAGCCAUAGAUGCUUAGCAUUAUCAGGUUCAUAAAUGGCCAGUAGAGGUAGAGGUCAUUAAGAUAUUUAGUAGCUAAUUAUGUAGCCAGUAACCGAGGUAAAUGUAGGUGCUGCAGUGUUGAAACUGCAAAAAAUGGGAAAAAUCUAACCUGUGUAUCUUGUUUGACUUUUUAAUGUUAUGUUUGUGGGACUUUUAUAAAAUAAUUAGGCAUUGCAUCACAUGCACAUUCCACUGUCCAAAGUCUUACAGACUGAAUUUGAUUUUUAUACGUGCGCACACUAUGUCGUGUACAUGUGUUUUUUUUUUACUAACUUCUUCAAACCUGUGAUCUGUUUUUUUAAAGUCUGUUUAUGCCUGUCUUUUGUGUUGUAUUUGACAUCUCAGAACCUGAAAAACUAAACUGAGUUGUAUGUUUGUUUUGGUUAACUUGAAUUAUGAAUUCAUUCCUGCCCUGCUGUGACUGGAUGAAGUAUGAAUGUGUGUGUUACAAAAGGGUACACUGUGGGAAAAAAACUAAACACGAGCAUUUUGAUUCAGGACUGAAUUAUUCUAAUUGUGUGAGUGCAGCUACAGUCUGGCAACAUUCAUAUAUAUUUUUUUCAAGGCUUAUAUUAUAGCUGUAGAGAACGCUUUGAAAAGAAAGAUUUGAAAAACAAACUAUACUGUAAAUGGUAAAUGGACUGUACUUAUAUAGCACCUUUCUUCUUUCGACCACUCAAUGUGCUGUACACUACAUGCCACACUCACCCCACAUUCAUAAAACUGCCAUGCAAGGCGCCAACUGCUCACCAGAACGGAAACUAAUCAUUCACACACUCACACACUCAUACAUCGACGCACAGCAGUUCAAUUGGGGUUUAGCGUCUUGGUCAAGGACACUUUGACAUGCAGCUAGAGCCGGGGAUCGAAUUCCGAUUAGUGGACGACCCGCUCUACCUCUGAGCCACUGCCUGUGGUAACAUUUCAGUUAAAUUUUCUCAACAUUAGUCGCAGCUUUGUUUCUGUUGUACCUAUUUCCAUGUUUCCAGGCUCAACACUUUUUGGGAAAAGCUGCAGAAAUCCCAUCUGGAAUGUCAAAUGUUUUAGGGGUCUUCCACAGUGAUGUUAUGCAGUAAUGUUUACAUUCAGAGAGCAGGGUUGCUUCCUUAAACAAUUUACUACCGACAAUCCAGUCCGUCCUUUUUGCACUUGUGUCUAUAUCAUGUCGGAGUCCCUCCAAAGAAUUGUGGAAUAAUUAAAGCUGCACAUGUUGAGUAAAUAAAACAAAG